AUGGAGGAGGCUCAUUCAAUGCCACUUGCAAUCAUUGAGAAGCGAGAGACACUCUUAGCGAUUGAGGAGGAGUUGAACGAACCAAUUUUCCCUUAUUUUGAUUGGGUCGCCGGCACGUCUACUGGCGCUCUGGUGGGAACAGCAUUAGCUCAAGGGAAAACUCUUCGAGACUGUCAGCAUAUUUACUUGCGUCUCAAGGAUCUUAUCUUCGAUGGCUGGACUCGGCCCUAUAACUCCUCUGUACUUGAGAUGUUCAUGAAGGAAGCAGUCGGCGAAGCGAAUUUGAAUGAGAUCGAAUCUCCAAGGUGA